AUACCAUUAAAGUCACCAAGACUGUCACCUGCUUGUCGGGUCAGCCUCCAAGUGUAUAUAAAGAUGCUGCAGGUGGAUGUGAGUCGCAGAGAACCUUGAGAAACAGGUGAGUUUGGAGCAUCAUGGCUUCCACACUGGUGCUUCUGCUUCAGCUGCUCCUGGUCUCACUCUCAUCCGCAUCAUCUUACUUUGGGGGAACCGUGACCUACACCUACAAAGGAAGAAACCCCGAUGGAACAUUUAGAGUUGACCUUCGCAACAGGGCAACCUUUGAUGACUGUCAGAACUCUCUCGACUGGUUUUGUUACACCGGCAACUGUGGCUAUAAUACCAAAAGUGAGAGAGGCGUAGUUGACUGGAGCAACAAUGCACCACAAUAUAACAACCAAUGGUGUGAAACUGAAACAGUCAGUACAAGAAGUAUCCCAAGUGACAACCCUUUUCAAAUGAACGCUGCAAGCUGUUGUUGGAUCCCAACGCGAAACUGGGUUCAUAAUUUGAGACUUAUGACUUAUGUGGAUUUGGGAACAAGAUCUGACACUGGAAAACCAAACCAAUCACCAGAAGUUGCCAUUCUCCCUUUGCUACGAGUUCCUCAGAACUGCCCACGGACAUACAAGCUGAUGUCCUUUGAUCCUGAUGGUGACAAAGUUCGAUGCAGAUAUGGAAAUAUCAUAGGUACUGAGUGCAGCUCGUGCAACCAACCUUCAGGCUUUGACUUGGAUCAGGGCUCUUGCACAUUACACUACCGAGACUCUUAUGUCAACACCGGAGUGUAUGGAUUUGAGUUGGUGGUGGAGGACUUCCCACAAGGGCAUCUCUCUGGCCUACACUGA